AUGUCUUCACGUCCGCGCCGCUCAGCGGCCCAGCGCGCUACCGCUUUGAUUACUGACCUAAUCCAGUCCGAUAGAGUCACUCCUGAGCGCACCAUGUCAUCAUCCCGAUCAACCACUGGGCGCCGCCCGCCUUCGUCUCCAGCUAGCAGCCGGAGUGACGCCAACGGCCACAACAUGUUGACCGUCAAGGUACCGUCUAACAAGCUACGAGAGGCCACAAGCGGCAAUUCGAGCUCCGGCAUCGUGGCUAGCAGGCGGAACAGGCCAGGAGCCAAGAAGAGCUACGUUGUGGAAAGCAGCGAGGACGAGGACGAGGACGAGGACAUGGAGGAGGAGGACGAUGAUGAGGAAGUAGAAGAGGCGGAUGAGAUUGAAGUUAGUAACAAUGCGCCCGUCCUGGAUGACGACGAAGAUGAUGAGGAAGAGGAGGAGGAAGAGGACGAUGAAGACGAAGACGGUGACGUCGACAUGGACGAUACACCUGCUCCACCCACCAUCACGGUUUCCAAGGCUCAAGCGACGACAUCACCCAACAAAGCGAAAGCCACAGCAAAGGUGCCUUCUAGCUCCCCGACCACAAUCAAGACCGCACCCAAGACAAAUUACUACGAUGACGAUGACGACGAUGACGAACUUAGCGAGCUUGAGAGUGAACCUGAGGAUCCAGACCUUGAGGACAUGGCUGCAGCCGAGGACGAUGCGGAGGAAGCCGAGGAGGAAGAGGACGAAGACAUGGAUGCUGAGGGCGACGAGAUUGAGGUGGCCGAAGAUGACGCUGAAGGAGAGGAGGUUGAGCUGGAUAGCGAUGACGAGGGCGGUGGUACGCCGGAUAUCUCCAAGAUGACGGCUCGUCAGCGAGCCAAGGUUGGCGUUGCCUCGCACGAGUACAUGAAGCUCUCAGACGAAGUCCAGGCGAAGAAGGUCUUUACGGCUGAGGAAUUAUCGAUGAGAAGGGCUGAGAUGGCUCGCCGCAGGAGGAACCUCAGCGAGAAGCGUAACGAGGAGGUCAAGAUGGAAACGAUCAAUAAGCUUCUCAAGAAACAGGCGCCCAAGACCAACCGCAAAGCCGCUCUGCUGAACGGUGACGAGAUUCCGGGAGGCGAUGCCGAGCCGCCCAAGGCUGACCCCACCUUUGUCCGCUGGAUCAACAACAAGUCCGGAAGCAGGAUUGCCGUGCCCGAAGACAUGGUGGCUGGUCCCGUCGGUCAGGUGUUUACGGGGGGGGUGAAGAGGAAGAUGGUUGAGGAGGUUGCGUGA